CCCGGGGCCUUCUCCCCUCCCUCCGCAGGAUGGGUGUCGCCAGCAGGAUGCUGGCCCCGCUCUGGGCCCUGGCCCUCGCCCUGGCCUGUGCCCAGCACGUAGGCCAGGCCCAGGGCAGCUCUGUGGAACACAGCCACAAGUCCCCAGAACUUCAUGUCCCCCAGGAGCUUGGUGGCCACCCACUCCGCGGGAUGAGCUUCCUGCCCCCUCUGAGGACGGCCCCGGUGGUGCGAGCCCGGAACCCCGCGCACAACGGGCGCGUCUGCAGCUCCUGGGGCGACUUCCACUACAAGACCUUCGACGGCGACAUCUUCCGCUUCCCCGGCCGGUGCAACUACGUCCUGUCCGCGCACUGCGGUGCCGCGUACGAGGACUUCAACGUGCAGCUGCGCCGCGGCGGGGAGUCCAACGCCACCACGGUCACUGCAGUCACCAUGAAGCUCGAUGGCAUGGUCAUCCAGCUGACCAAGAGCUCCAUCCUGGUUAACGGCCGCCCAACUCAGCCGCCCUUCAGCCAGUCGGGGGUCCUCAUCGAGGUCAGCAACGGCUACCUGAAGGUGGAUGCCAAGCUGGGCCUCGUCCUCAUGUGGAGCCCUGAUGACAGCCUCCUGCUGGAGCUGGACCCCAAGUUCGCCAACCAGACCUGUGGGCUCUGCGGAGACUUCAAUGGUCAGCCUGUGUUCAACGAGUUCCUCUCCCAUGGGGUCAAGCUGACGGCCCUCGAGUACGGGAAUCUGCAGAAGAUGGACGGCCCCACGGAGCAGUGUCAGGACCCUGUCCCCGUGCCCCCGACGGACUGUGGGCAUGGCACCGGCCCCUGCGAGGAGAUCCUGACCGGCCAGCUGUUCUCGGGCUGCCGAGCUCUGCUGGACGCCGGCAGCUAUGUGCAGGCCUGCCGGCAAGACCUCUGCCUCUGCGAGCACGCGGACCGCACUCGCUGCAUCUGCCCCACACUCGCUGAGUAUGCGCGCCAGUGUGCCCAUGCCGGGGGGCUGCCCCCGGACUGGAGGAGCCCCCACCUCUGCCCCCAGACCUGCCCCCCCAGCAUGCAGCACCGGGAGUGCGGCUCACCCUGCGCUGACACCUGCUCCAACCCGGAGCACUCCCAGCUCUGCGAGGACCACUGUGUGGACGGCUGCUUCUGCCCUGAGGGGACGGUGCUCGACGACAUCGGCCAGACCGGCUGCAUUCCAGCAUCCCAGUGUCCUUGUGUGUACAAUGGGGCCACCUAUGCUCCGGGGACCAGCUACGCCACAGACUGUACAAACUGCACCUGCUCCAGAGGCCAGUGGAGUUGCCGGGAGCUGCCGUGCCCAGGCACCUGCGCGGUGCUGGGGGGCGCCCACAUCUCCACGUUCGACGAGAGGCAGUACACGGUGCACGGGGACUGCAGCUACGUGCUGGCCAAGCCCUGUGACAGCAGCGUCUUCACUGUGCUGGGAGAGCUGCGGCGGUGCGGCCUGACGGACACUGAGACGUGCCUCAAGAGCCUGACGCUGAGCCUGGACGGAGGGCACACGGUCGUCACGGUCAAGGCCAGCGGGGAGGUGUUCGUGAACCAGAUCUACACCCAGAUGCCCGUCUCGGCGGCAAACGUCACGCUCUUCAGACCGUCCACCUUCUUCAUCGUGGCCCAGACCAAGCUGGGCCUGCAGCUCACCAUCCAGCUGGUGCCCGUCAUGCAGGUGUUCGUGAGGCUGGGGCCCGAGCUCCGCGGCCUCACCUGCGGCCUGUGCGGGAACUUCAACCAGAACCAGGCCGACGACUUCCGGACCCUCAGCGGCGUGGUGGAGGGCACGGCCGCCGCCUUUGCCAACACCUGGAAGACCCAGGCCUCCUGCCCCAAUGUCAAGAACAGCUUCGAGGACCCCUGCUCCCUCAGCGUGGAGAACGAGAAGUACGCUCAGCGCUGGUGCUCCCGGCUGACCGACCCCCGCGGCCCCUUCGCCCAGUGCCACGUGGCCGUGAACCCGGGCACCUUCUACUCGAACUGCAUGUUCGACACGUGUAACUGCGAGAAGAGCGAAGACUGCCUGUGCGCCGCCCUGUCCUCCUACGUGCACGCCUGCGCGAGCAAGGGGGUGCUGCUCCGCGGCUGGAGGGACGGCGUGUGCGCAAAGCCCAUGGCCACCUGCCCAAAGUCGCUGACCUACCAAUACAGCAUCAGCACCUGCCAGCCCACCUGCCGGGCCCGGAGCCAUGAGGACAUCACCUGUGGCAUCAGCUUUGUCCCCGUGGAUGGCUGCACCUGCCCCAACGGCACAUUCCUGGACGAGGCAGGCAAGUGCGUGCCGGCCACCAGCUGUCCCUGCUACCAUGAGGGCUCUGUGGUCCCCAACGGGGAGUCGCUUCAUGAGCGUGGAGUCAUCUGCACCUGCACACAAGGCACGCUGACCUGCAUCGGAGGCCAGGUUCCCACUCCAGUCUGCACCCCGCCCAUGGUCUUCCUCGACUGUCGCAACGCCACGCCGGGGGCCUCUGGGGCCGGCUGUCAGAAGAGCUGCUUCACUCUGGACAUGGACUGUUAUAGCCCCCAGUGUGAGCCUGGCUGCGUGUGUCCCGACGGGCUGGUGGCCGACGGCGAGGGCCGCUGCGUUGCUCCGACGGACUGCCCCUGCGUGCACAACGAGGCCAGCUACCUGCCCGGCCAGACCAUCCGGGUGGGCUGCAACACUUGCACCUGCGAGAACAGGAAGUGGCGGUGCACAGAGGAGCCCUGCCUGGCCACCUGCGCCGUGUACGGGGAUGGCCACUAUGUCACCUUCGAUGGGAGGCGUUACAGCUUUAGCGGGGACUGCGGGUACACGUUGCUUCAGGACCACUGCCGCGGCAAUGACACCACUGGGACCUUCCGCGUCGUCUCUGAGAAUGUCCCCUGCGGGACCACGGGCGUCACCUGCUCCAAGGCCAUCAAGCUGUUCCUGGGGAGCUUCGAGCUGAGGCUGAGUGAAGGCCGCGUGGAGGUGCUCGAGAGGGGCGUGGGGCAGGAGCCCCCCUACUCCAUCCGCCAGAUGGGCAUCUACCUGGUGGUGGACACUGAGGCCGGCCUGGUGCUGCUGUGGGACAGGAAGACCAGCAUCUUCCUCAAACUCAGCCCUGAGUUCAAGGGCCGCGUCUGCGGGCUGUGCGGGAACUUCGACGACAAAGCCAUCAACGACUUCACCACGCGCGGCCAGUCCGUGGUGGGCAGCGCCCUGGAGUUCGGCAACAGCUGGAAGUUCUCCCCGGCCUGCCCCGACGCCCCGGCCCCCCGCGACCCCUGCACCGCCAACCCGUACCGCAAGUCCUGGGCCCAGAAGCAGUGCAGCAUCAUCAACAGCGCGACCUUCGCCGCCUGCCAUGCCCACGUGGAGCCCACCAAGUACUACGAGGCCUGCGUGGGCGACGCGUGCGCCUGUGACUCGGGGGGCGACUGUGAGUGUUUCUGCACGGCUGUGGCCGCCUACGCGCAGGCCUGCCACGACGUGGGUGUGUGCGUGUCCUGGCGCACCCCGGACACCUGCCCCCUGUUCUGUGACUACUACAACCCCGAGGGCCAGUGCGAGUGGCACUACCAGCCGUGCGGGGCGCCCUGCAUGAGGACGUGCCGGAACCCGGGCGGCCGCUGUCUGCACGACUUGCCGGGCCUGGAAGGCUGCUACCCCAAGUGCCCGCCUGCGGCCCCCAUUUUCGACGAGGACCGGAUGCAGUGUGUGGCCACGUGCCCGACCCCACCCCCGCCACUGCCCUGCCGCGUCCGGGGCAAGUCAUACCGGCCUGGCACGGUGGUGCCCUCCGACCAGAACUGCCACUCCUGCAUUUGCACCGAGAACGGCGUGCAGUGUGCCUACGACUCUGAGGCCUGUGUCUGCAUCUACGACGGACGGCACUUCCGACCGGGGGACGUCAUCUACCACACGACGGACGGCACAGGGGGGUGCCUCUCUGCCCGCUGCUCCGCCAACGGCACCAUCGAGCGGGGCGUCUCCCCCUGCAGCGCCACCAGCCCCGCCCCACCAACCACCUUCUCCUUCUCCACGUCCGCACCCGUCGUGAGCUCAACACGUCCGCCCCGCACGUGCCACGACUGUGGCAAGAGCACAGUGCCCACGGGCACAACCCCCGGCACCACUGUCCAGCCUCACCAGGCCUGUGGGGAGGAGUGUCAGUGGUCGCCGUGGCUGGACAUCAGCCGUCCGGGCCGAGGCACCGACAGCGGCGACUUCGAAACCCUGGAGAACCUCCGCGCCCAUGGGUACCAGGUUUGCGCGGCGCCGAAGAAGGUGGAAUGCCAAGCUGAAGAGGCCCCCGGGGUGCCGCUCCAAGUCCUGGGGCAGCAUGUGGAGUGCAGCCCGACGGUGGGCCUGACCUGCUACAACCACAAGCAGACGUCAGGGCUCUGCCACAACUACCAGAUCAGGAUCCUGUGCUGCUUCCCCCGGACCUGCUCCCCCUCCAGCAGUCCGGCCCAGACCACCCCUCCUGCAGCUUCAGGGAAUACAGAAACAGGGCCCACACGAGAGGUUAGCGGGGUCUCAUCUGUGCCGACAGAGCACAAAAUAUCCCCAGCCACGGUCGCUGCAACUGGCACAAGCAUUCUCUCCACAACUAGUGAAACACCUGCUCCGGGUGCUACUGUACCAGUCCAAGCGACUGCUACAACCACCCCAGGUACCCCUACACCUGCCCCGGGGACCACCACGACCCCACCAGGUACCCCUACACCUGCCCCGGGGACCACCACGACCCCACCAGGCACCCCUACACCUGCCCCGGGGACCACCACGACCCCACCAGCUACCCCUACACCUGCCCCGGGGACCACCACGACCCCACCAGGUACCCCUACACCUGCCCCGGGGACCACCACGACCCCACCAGGCACCCCUACACCUGCCCCGGGGACCACCACGACCCCACCAGCUACCCCUACACCUGCCCCGGGGACCACCACGACCCCACCAGGCACCCCUACACCUGCCCCGGGGACCACCACGACCCCACCAGGCACCCCUACACCUGCCCCGGGGACCACCACGACCCCACCAGGCACCCCUACACCUGCCCCGGGGACCACCACAACCCCACCAGGUACCCCUACACCUGUCCUGGAGAAAACUACUCUCUUGACUCUGACUCCGAUGCCAAUUUCAACAACACACGAGCCUUGUUUGAAACAGUUGUGCACAUGGACCCACUGGAUUGACAGCAGUUACCCUGAGCCGGGUAUAAACAGUGGAGAUUUUGACACUUUUCCUAAUUUGAGAGCCAAAGGCUAUAAAUUCUGUGCAAAGCCCAACAACGUGGAGUGCAGGGCAGAGUUCUUCCCGAACGUCCCACUCGAGGAGUUGGGGCAGGACCUGAUCUGUGACAAGAAUGUGGGGCUGCUUUGCCUGAACAAGAACCAGCUUCCCCCAAUCUGCUACAACUACGCGAUCCGCAUCGAGUGCUGUGAGCAAGUAGAUGUGUGUACGAGCACCCCACACGCCGGCUCUUCGGAGGUCACACACCCAACCCCGAGGGACACGGAGACCCAAACACAGCUGACUCGAAACACCGGAGUUGCCUCGUUGCCGACACAACAUGGCAUUGCCAGCUCGGCGCCUGUGCACCCGGCAGCCAGCACCACGCCUAACACAUACAGGGUAUCCUCACCUGUGACUGUCACCUGCCAGCCACAGUGCACGUGGACCAAGUGGUUUGACGUGGACUUCCCGUCCCCGGGACCCCACGGAGGAGACGUGGAAAGCUUCAGCAACAUCAUGAGAAGGGGAGAGAAAAUCUGCCGCCGGCCCGAAUACAUCUCGCGGCUGGAGUGCCGGGCCGAGAGCCACCCCGAGGUCAGCAUCGAGAAGCUGGGCCAGGUGGUGCAGUGCGACCUCAGCAAGGGCCUGGUGUGCCGGAACCGGGACCAGGGAGGCAAUGUCGGGAUGUGCCUCAACUAUGAGGUCCGGGUGUUGUGCUGUGAGCCCCCAGAGCACUGCACGACGCACAAAACUGUCACAGUCCCUCACACCCCAAGUAUGAGCCCCACCAGCCUAACUGAGACAACCGUCCACCUGGUGACUUCCCACUCCACCUCUGUGCCAACAAGCAGCCUAACCAAGGUGCCAGAGACCAGCUCAACCCCUGUGCCAACAACCAACCCAAGAUCUGUGCCAGAGACCAGUUCAACCUCUGUGCCAACAACCAGCCCAACCUCAGUGCCAGAGACCAGCUCAACCUCUGUGCCAACAACCAGUCCAACCUCAGUGCCAGAGACCAGCUCAACCCCUGUGCCAGCAACCAGCCCAACAUCAGUGCCAGAGACCAGCUCAACCCCUGUGCCAACAACCAACCCAAGAUCUGUGCCAGAGACCAGCUCAACCUCUGUGCCAACAACCAGCCCAAGAUCUGUGCCAGAGACCAGUUCAACCUCUGUGCCAACAACCAGCCCAACCACGGUGCCAGAGACUAGCUCAACCCCUGUGCCAACAACCAGCCCAAGACCUGUGUCAGAAACCAGCUCAACCACUGUGCCAACAACCAGCCCAAGAUCUGUGCCAGAGACUAGCUCAACCCCUGUGCCAACAACCAGCCCAAGACCUGUGCCAGAGACCAGGUCAACCCCUGUGCCAACAACCAGCCCAACCUCUGUGCCAACAACCAGCCCAAGACCUGUGCCAGAGACCAGCUCAACCCCUGUGCCAACAACCAACCCAAGAUCUGUGCCAGAGACCAGUUCAACCUCUGUGCCAACAACCAGCCCAACCUCAGUGCCAGAGACCAGCUCAACCUCUGUGCCAACAACCAGUCCAACCUCAGUGCCAGAGACCAGCUCAACCCCUGUGCCAGCAACCAGCCCAAAAUCAGUGCCAGAAACAAGCUCAACCACCGUGCCAGGAAGCAGCCCAACCUCGAUGCCAACAACCAGUGCAACCACUGUGUCACAGACCAGCCCAACCUCCGUGCCACCAACUGGCACAACGUCUGCUCCUACAGCCAGCACCACUCCCUUCUACACACCUGAAGCAACCCACUCCCCUCCUGUGACUGUCACCUGCCAGCCAAGGUGCACGUGGACCAAGUGGUUCGACGUGGACUUCCCGUCCCCGGGACCCCACGGAGGAGACGUGGAAAGCUUCAGCAACAUCAUGAGAAGAGGAGAGAAAAUCUGCCGCCAGCCUGAAUACAUCUCGCGGCUGGAGUGCCGGGCCGAGAGCCACCCCGAGGUCAGCAUCGAGAAGCUGGGCCAGGUGGUGCAGUGCGACCUCAGCAAGGGCCUGGUGUGCCGGAACCGGGACCAGGGAGGCAAUGUCGGGAUGUGCCUCAACUAUGAGGUCCGGGUGUUGUGCUGUGAGCCCCCAGAGCACUGCACGACGCACAAAACUGUCACAGUCCCUCACACCCCAAGUAUGAGCCCCACCAGCCUAACUGAGACCACUACCAGUUCAACCUCUGUGCGAACAAUCAGCCCAACCUCGGUGCCAGAGACCAGCUCAACCUCUGUGCCAACAACCAGCCCAACCUCGGUGCCUGAGACCAGCUCAACCUCUGUGCCAACAACCAGCCCAACCUCAGUGCCAGAGACCAGCUCAACCUCUGUGCCAACAACCAGCCCAACCUCAGUGCCAGAGACCAGCUCAACCUCUGUGCCAACAACCAGCCCAAGAUCUGUGCCAGAGACCAGUUCUACCUCUGUGCCAACAACCAGCCCAACCACGACCAGCUCAACCUCUGUGCCAACAACCAGCCCAACCUCGGUGCCUGAGACCAGCUCAACCUCUGUGCCAACAACCAGCCCAACAUCAGUGCCAGAAACAAGCUCAACCACGGUGCCAGGAAGCAGCCCAACCUCGAUGCCAACAACUGGCACAACGUCUGCUCCUACAGCCAGCACCACUCCCUUCUACACACCUGAAGCAACCCACUCCCCUCCUGUGACUGUCACCUGCCAGCCAAGGUGCACGUGGACCAAGUGGUUCGACGUGGACUUCCCGUCCCCGGGACCCCACGGAGGAGACGUGGAAAGCUUCAGCAACAUCAUGAGAAGGGGAGAGAAAAUCUGCCGCCAGCCUGAAUACAUCUCGCGGCUGGAGUGCCGGGCCGAGAGCCACCCUGAGGUCAGCAUCGAGAAGCUGGGCCAGGUGGUGCAGUGCGACCUCAGCAAGGGCCUGGUGUGCCGGAACCGGGACCAGGGAGGCAAUGUCGGGAUGUGCCUCAACUAUGAGGUCCGGGUGUUGUGCUGUGAGCUCCCAGAGCACUGCGGUCACACUUCAGUGACGCCAAGCUCAGCCCCUCCGGAGCAUAUGUCCGUGGUGUCCAGUGUGCCAUGGCCGAGCUCCACCGCUCCGGCCAGCACCACGUGCUUCUGCAGCGUGUCCGGCAAGCUGUAUCCCGCAGGAUCCAUCAUUUACCAACAGACUGACCUCGACGGCCACUGCUAUUAUGCCACAUGCAGUCUGGACUGCCGUGUGGUCCGGCAGAUGGACCAGUCCUGUCCCAGCAGCGUGGCACCUCCUGCCCCGACCACCUCCCAGCCUGGCUCCUCCCCUUCGGCCCCCGUGCCCAUCACUACGCAGGGGUGCCCAAAUGCAGUCCCUCCAAGAAUGAAAGGCGAGACCUGGCCCAUGCCCAACUGCUCUCAGGCCACCUGUGAGGGCCACGGGGUCAUCACCGUGCAUCGGCGCGAGUGCCCACGGGCGCAGCCCCCGACCUGCGCCAACGGCUUCCCCCCUGUGCAGGUGGCCGACCAGGACGGCUGCUGCCCGCGCUAUCAGUGCCAGUGUGUGUGCAGCGGCUGGGGCGACCCCCACUACAUCACCUUCGACGGCACCUACUACACGUUCCUGGACAGCUGCACCUACGUGCUGGUGCAGCAGGUCGUGCCCGUGUACGGCCACUUCCGCGUGCUGAUCGACAACUACUUGUGCGGGGCGGAGAACGGGGUGUCCUGCCCGCAGUCCAUCAUCGUCGAGUACCGGGGGGACCGCGUCGUGCUCACCCGCAAGCCCGUCCUCGGGGUGAUGACCAAUGAGAUCAUCUUCAACGACAGAGUGGUCAGGCCCGGCUUCCAGAAAGAUGGCGUGAGCGUGUCCCAAAUCGGCAUCAAGAUGUACGUGACCAUCCCUGAACUUGGCGUCCAGGUCAUGUUCUCCGGGCUCAUCUUCUCGGUGGAGGUCCCUUUCAGCAAGUUUGCUAACAACACGGAGGGGCAGUGCGGCACCUGCACCAAUGACAAGAAGGAUGAGUGUCGCCUGCCUGGCGGGGCAGUGGCGGCCUCCUGCUCUGAUAUGUCCGGCCACUGGAAGGUGACGACACCGCAGCAGCCGUCAUGCCACGGGCCCUCCCCGACGCCCACUGCAGCCAGGCCCGCGCCCUCCCCAACCCUGUGCUCCUCGUCGCCAAUCUGCCGGCUGAUUUUGAGCAAGGUCUUCGAGCCGUGCCAUGCGGUGAUCCCCCCGCUGACGUUCUACCAAGGCUGCGUCUUCGACCACUGCCACGUGACCGUCUCCGACGUGGUGUGCUCUGGCCUGGAGCUGUAUGCGUCCCUCUGUGCCUCCCGUGGCGUGUGCAUCGACUGGAGAAGCCACACCAACCACACGUGCCCGUUUGCCUGCCCUGCCGACAAGGUGUACCAGCCGUGCGGCCCGUCCAAGCUCUCCUACUGCUACGGGAGGGACAACGCCAGCCUCAUGGCCUUACAGGAUGCCGGCCCCAUCACGGAAGGCUGCUUCUGUCCAGAGGGCUUGAUGCCUUUCAGCACGAGCUCCGAAGUCUGCGUGCCCACAGAUUGCCACAGGUGCCUGGGGCCCCAUGGGGAGCCUGUGGAGCCCGGCCACACUGUCAGCGUGGGAUGCCAGCGGUGCACCUGUGAGAACGGCACAUGGACCCUGAGCUGCCGGCCGCAGCCCUGCCCCCUGCCCCCAGCCUGCCCCGCGCCCGGCUUGGUACCUGUGCCUGCGGCCCCCCAGGCCGACCAGUGCUGUCCCCAGUACAACUGCGCCUGUGACACCAGCUACUGCCCCAAGCCCGUGGCCUGUCCCAAGGGCUCCCACCCCAUCCUGACCUACGAGGAGGGAGCCUGCUGCCCCCACCAGAACUGCAGCUGGAGCGUCUGCAGCGCCAACGGCACCUUGUUCCAGCCCGGCUCCGUGAUCUCCUCCAGCCUGUGUGAGACGUGCCGGUGCGAGGUGCCCGGCAGCCCCCAUUCAGACACGGCGGUGAUCAGCUGUGAGACUCAGAUUUGCAACACCCGCUGUCCCGAGGGCUUCGAGUACCGGGAGCAGAGCGGGCGGUGCUGUGGCGGGUGCGUGCAGCAAGCCUGCGUCCUCAACGCCACGGACGGCUCCCCCCAUCUCUUCUACCCGGGCCAGUCCUGGCCAGACCCCACGAACCCCUGCGUGACCCACGAGUGUGAGAAGCACCAGGAUGGGCUUGUGGUGGUGACCCGGAAGAAGGCGUGUCCCCCGCUCAGCUGUCCUGCGGACCAGGCCAGGCUGAGCGAGGACGGCUGCUGUCUGUCCUGUCCUCCACCGCAGCCCCAGAACAGGUCAGCCUGCGCCCUGUUCCACGAGCGCCAAGUCCUCCACCAGCAGGGCUGUAGGUCUCCCCGGCCCGUGCGCCUCGCCUUCUGCCGUGGCAGCUGUGGAGACAGUGUCUCUGUCUACUCCCAGGAGGCCAACGCGCUGCGGCACAGCUGCGAGUGCUGCCAGGAGCGGCGCGUCUCCCUGAGAAACGUGACCCUGCGCUGUCCCGACGGCUCCCACCGGGCCUUCAGCUACCCCCAGGUGGAGGAGUGUGGCUGCGUGCGGCAGCGCUGCGGCUCCCACGGCGCCCUGGGCCACGGGGCAGACUCGGGGCCUGUGCAGAGCGACGAGGAGCAAAGCCAGGAGGUGGGGGGCACGGGCUGGAGGAGGGGCUCCAGGGCCACGGGCUCCACCAGUGGACUGACCAGCCCCCGUCCUCGGGGCUCCCGGCCACCCGCCUCCGGGAUACACCGAUAAGGGCAUCCUGGCCCCUACAGCUUUGGCUCCAGGGACCCAAGCCCUGGCCCAGGGGGCCCGAGGCCAUGAUGCCCUGCCCACCCACCUUGUCCCUCUCGGGGGUCCAGCUGGCCCUCGGGUGUGCGGUGGCCCCGACCAGCCCUCAGGCCACUCUGGCCGUGGGUCCAGCGUGCGUUCCCAGGACUUGUGCAUCACGUGAGGGUCUUAACAGGGAUGGGCACUUGGACUCGUUGGGCCGGGCCGUCCGCCAGGAGGCGCAGCCUUGCUCCUCCCUUGGCCCUGGGCUUCAGGAAAUGACCGUCUGGUUCAUAAAUACACUUGGAGCAUUUUGCAAA